CUGCAUAUCAUUUUUACUAUGUUUUUUGAAACUCGUAAAUUUUUACCAUUAUUCGUUGGAAUUAUGAUAGGAUUUCUUGUUAUCUCACUAAAAUCUAGAUAUGAAAAUAAAGUUAUUCUAUGUACAAAUGAUAAAUCCAGAAAAAAACAUGUUGAUUUAUAUCCAAAGAUAAGAAAACAAUAUAAAAUCCAAUCAAAUAAAGCAGUUGAACAAACUUACUUAAUGAAUAUAGAAGAAGCUAAAAAAUUACGUUUAUCUAUUCGUAUAUUAUGCUAUAUUAAUACAAUACCAAAAACACAUAGAACCAAAGCUAUUUAUGUUAAAAAUAGUUGGGCAAAGCGUUGUACAAAAUAUCUAUUUAUGAGUAGUGUAUAUGACAAGGAAUUACCAACAAUUAAGUUAAAUUUAAGUUAUCCCGAAAGUCGUCAACAUUUAUGGAGUAAAAUGCGAGCAAUUCUUCGUUAUGUCUAUCAAUAUCGAAAUGAUUAUGAUUAUUUUUUAAAAGCAGAUGAUGAUACUUUUGUAAUUAUGGAGAAUUUAAGAUCUAUUUUACAACAGCAUAAUCCUAAAGAUCCAUUUAUGAUUGGUUAUAAUUUUCCUUACCUUACAAAAAAUGGUUAUUUCUCUGGAGGUGCAGGUUAUGUCCUCUCACAAGAAGCAUUAAAGCGUAUUGUUGAACAAGCUAUUGACAAGCAUCCAAGUUGUCCAACGUACGAUGAAGACAAAGAAGAUGUGAAACUAAGUAUGUGUGGUCAACCAGUCGGUGUAAAACUAUAUCAUAUAGUUGAUUUAAAUGGAACUUUUCCAUUCACCUGGCGAAGAGAACAAAGAAAUUAUUAUCUUUUCCAAUGGCGCAGUCUAGAAGGUGAAUUUCUCAGCUUAGUUUAUCCAAAUAAACGCGCUAAAAAUUCUAAAUCUCCAGCCACUACAUCAAAAACGGUUGAUCAUCUUCAUGAUCCAAGUGAUUUGCUCAGUGAUCACUUGAUUAGUUUGCAUUAUAUUCAACCAUUCUACAUGUAUUUACUGGAAUUUGUUUUAUAUCACUUGAGACCGAUUCAGGAAAUGGAUUAUUUGAAUGCGUAACUAUUGAGGAAAAAGUUACAACUACACUGAGAAACCACACUGUAUGUGCAUGAUUUUUAAACUUACUAUUGUCUCUAAUUGUAUUAUGCACUGUAUGAAAUAUAAUUAAAAUUAACCUUAUCGUUUAUCAACAAUUUAUUUUAUUUUAAAAUCAUGUUUAUUUUUAAUGUUGCUUUUUGAAAUAACGUAUCAUGUAAUUUGUUUGUUGUGACACUUCAACUGUCUUCGAUGUAAAUAUUGUUUAAUUAACUAGUAAAAGGUAAAUAUUUCAUGACUUUUCUUAGAUUCCAUGUUUCCAACAAGUAACUACGUAUGUCAAUUCUUUACUACAUAAUUUAAGUGUCUUAGAUUAAAUAACUAGUUUCACCAAGAAUGGGCAAUAAAUCAAUAACUUUC